AUGUUCCCUGUAUUUUUGUCUAUCUGUGUUUUUGUUUGGCACGACAUUGAAGAUGAAAUGAUAGGAGAGCUACCUAGGGUUAAGGUGAGAAGGUCCGUGCCUCAGCAAGCUUCUCCUGUUGAUAUCGCCGGGAGACCGUGUUCUAUUCGCAUCCCUUGCCGCCGCAAACCACGAGCCAUCUGGCAGAGAAGACAACAUCUUGACGAAAAAGGAGUUGAAGAAUUUUAAGCUCCCGCACAUUCCGAGACGCUGAAAAUAUAUGAAGCCGUUCCUGCGUGUUCAUUUUACGACUUUCCUUUUUGCCAAUAUUAGUGAUCGAAAAUUACGGUUGGGUAAAUUUUUGGACGAAUAUACAUUUGGCAAAGCUGUUAGGGUUAGGAUCUACAAGUGAGGUUGAUUGCAUGCAACGGCAAGUCGGAUCUUUUCAAGGGGUGGCGUGAAGAGAUUCUUGAAUCGUUUGGGAGGAUGAGGCGCAUUCUCCCGAAGCAGAGCUGGAAGUGAGGGGGUUCCGCCUACAAGGUGGAUCAGCGAGGGGGGGGAGGCGAUUUAAGAAGCCGCCAACGUGCGUCCUCCUGUUCGGCCACUCGCCCACCGGCGGCCUCUUAACUUCCCUCCGUCUGCGGGCGCUAAUGGGUUGGCUCCUGCGGGGCGAGGGGGCGGGGAGCGAGCGGGACUACUGAGGGCGAACGCGGAUAUCUUGUCAAAACUCGGAGUUCUCUGUGGAAGUUGGCGUCAACUCCGGAAGUCGUUCGCUAGCCCCGCGCUCUCGCGGCGGGCGGCGGGGGCGGCAGUGGCAACGGACGGCCCUCCUCACGGAGCCACCGAUUUCCGAUAGAGAGCGCGCUGCCUUGUUGCGGCCGCCACCGCCCCCGGCGACUCCUCGGAUACAAGGUGGCUUUGGAGUUCGUCAUCGGGUUCUGCUGGGAAUAGCUGUUGUUUCCACGAAGUUAGAUCGACUUUAUUAGAACGAAUGAUCCAAAGCGCUGAUUAAUCUUCAUGAUGUAUCUUUUUCUAGAUGGGAUUAGUGCGUUGUAAAGAAUCCGGAGCUUUGUUGUUAGGAUUCUGAAAAUACUUGCCGUCAACUGUCGAAUAAAAGAAAAUUGCGAGCAUGUAAAACAAAGUGGUGAUCAUUUAGUGAUUCAAACAGGAUGAAGUCUGUCAUGUGAAUGUGUGCAAGAAAGUGUUAUAUCUAUACCUUCUGGAUGAACGGGUGCCGUUUCUCUCGAUAAAAAAAGAGACGAUCGAGAAUAUACGGAGUGUGUGGAAUCGAGUGCAAACAUCGACGUUUUCGGCUGCGUCACCAAGGAGUAUGCGGCGAUGAGUGAACCGCGAUAGUGCGCGCCGGGCGUGUUCUGGGCGUGUGAUGGCGGGCGAGGGCGGUGGGGGCGAGGUGAGCGACGCGGUGCUGCUCAACUGCACGCAGCUGCUCGUGGCGGACGUGGCGCAGUGGCAGCUGAACCGGUCGCAGCUGCUGCAGCUGCUGGAGGCGGCGCUGGGCGAGGUGGACGCCGGGCGCCGCGACGCCCUCGUCGACUGCCUGUUCGGGCCCGGCGCCGCCGCCGCUGCCGCCGCCGCCGACGCCGCCGCCGGCCACGCGUCCGCGUCGCGUCCCUACGCGCUGCCCUGGUGGCAGAAGCUCGCGUGGACGCUGGUCUUCGGCGCCAUGCUGCUCGUCGCUACCGGCGGCAACAUCAUCGUCAUGUGGAUCGUCCUAGUUUUGUUUCGUUUCGUUUCGUUUCGCUCGGCGCCGUUGGGUGGACGUUGGGCCAGCGUGCGUACGCCCCCUCCCCCCGCGCCACGUAGGGCGAAGGGACGCGAAUAAAUCGCCCCUCCCUGAUUUAUGCUCAGCGCCGGGCGGGAGGGAGCGCGCGCCUGUGAAAUACAGAAGCCCUGACUCUCUGGACUACCCCUCUUCUCCCCCUCCCCCACCCUUUUCGCGCUUUUCCCCUCCCUCGACACACUCCUCCUCCUCCUUUGAUAUCUCUAUAUCUGGCACCCGUAUAAAUCAUAGGAUCUCGUUUCCU